AUGCUACUACGUCUCCCACCUGAGCUCAUCUUCUCUAUCGCUGCCUUUCUCCCUACCGCAAGCUGCCUGCUGCGCCUGGCACAAACCUGCCGUCGCCUCUACACCAUAGUCGCCGCAGACGACUAUCGCAUCUUCCAGGCCUUCGUCCAGGGCCAGUAUCCCACUGCUGUCGCCCCGCCGCUCUGGAGAGAUGCAGCUCACGCACUCACUUUGCGUUCUCACGCCUUUCGCUGUCGUGCAGUGACCGCUCGGUAUGUUGAGCCGCCGUCCAAUGCAGCUAGGAUCGGGAAGCCCAAGACGACCCGAAGGGAUAAACCGACCCUGGGAUAUCGGCCGGUGAUUGAUAGCUAUGAAUCAUGGUAUGGUAACCACUGGUUUGCGAGAAAAGAGGUGUUGGCAUGGGGUGCUGGAGCAGACGUGGUGCUUCGUAUCAAGGACCUGAACAGUCACGAUCGUGCUGGAGAAGCCAGUGGCUGUCAACAAAACACUUAUGACGGCGCUAAAUGGGUUGUAUUCAACGAUUUACCCAGCGUGAAUAGCUGGGAUGAUGUGGCUGGCCUGCACCUGCUUGGUGAUGAUAGCUCAUCCGUUGACUCUCUUGACGCCGAGGAUCUCAUCGUUGGCCGUCGAAACGGUGAGCUCACUCGCCUUUCGAUUUCGCCUAGUCAGGGCUCUGCUACCCACAGAGCAUCGUUUGAUACCCAAGGCCACAAGCUAGACUAUACGGACCUCAGUGUCGGAACUGAGAGGGUCCUGGCUGUGUCUCUGGACCGGGGCGAGAUAGCAUUCUAUAGGCUUGACUCAGAUAAUCAUAGCGUCCAACCCUUCGUCAGCUUGAAGGCCCAUUCACACGGCGCUUCAAGGAACAGAUGCUCAAAGCUUCUCUCAAAUCGCAGGACUGUCGUUGGGGCGGACGGGGAGUCUUCUAAGAUUGAGAUCUUCGGCUUUGAUGAGGCAGACGUGAGAACAGAAUGCACUAUCCGAAUUGAAGAUGAUGAGGCAGAAAGAAAGCCACGAGUUACUGCGAUGGCACCGCUGCCGGCGUUAAGCUCUAUGAAAGAAACGAGCUCUCAGAACCUUUUUUUGUCGGGCUGGGAAGAUAGUAAAAUAAGGCUUCAUGAUCUACGAUCUCCACGACCAUGUGUUGCAGUUUAUGGUGAUACGGUAGACGAUAGCCCAGUAUAUUCCCUUCUUCCAAUCGGCCAUGAACGGUUGAUGGUUGGCAGUGGUGCACAUGGCCUUCUCAAAUUAUUUGACCUCAGAGUUACUGGACGGCACCAUGUAGAUUCCAACAACACAUCUCCGUCAAUACCCAAGUCGAAUCGCCGACGAAGGAGCUCUAAUUCAAUUGUGCGCGGCCUUCAGCUGAAUCUGCCUCCAGGCCCUCCCAAGGACAUAUCGAUAUUCCUUAGUGACAGGCAAUCAGAAAAUCGCAAUAACACUAGGUUGCAACGCACCCUUAAACCCCGGUACCGAGGCCCGGUAUACACUAUGUCUCUCCCAUCGCCUACAUCGUCAACGUUAUAUGUUGGCCUGGUGAACACUGUGAUGAGAUUGGACAUGGUCGGGACAGACGAUCUCUACACAUCUGGCGACAAUAAGAGCGGGUUGAAUUGGUCUUCAUUAAAUCUCAGCUUACCACUAGAUGCUAAGGCUUCUCCUGGACACCAACCGGCUGACCUCUCUUGCUACGAACGUCCGUUUCCUGAGGAUAACGGGAGAGGUAUACGGCUGUUCGUUCAAAAACCGUUCUGGAGCUCGUCAACUGUUACGCAUCAUGAUGAUAACAUUCCUGGUUGGGAUCAUCGGUGGUUCCAACCUUCAGUCAAUAGAAACAUCAAAUCAGAGGAAAGAUGGAGAUGA